AUGGCAACCCCCCAACCCACCGCCUCUCUCCGACCCACGCCCCCAAAACGCGCCUCAACCGUCAAACCGAUCCUCCCUCCACCCCCCAGCACAAUCCACCCCACAGCCGUGAUCGCGAGUCAUGCGGUCCUAAGCGGCACCCACCCCAUCACCAUAGGUGCACACUGCAUCAUCCAUCCCUACGCGCGGAUCGUCAGCGCUGAGGGGCCUGUGGAGCUUCAGGAGGGGGUUGUGGUGUGGGAGCAUGGAAUUAUAGAAGGGAGGGGAGAGGGUGUAAGGAUCGGUAGGGGUGUGAUUGUGGAGAGUGGUGCGAGGAUCGAGGGGGAGGUGGGGGAAGGGAGUUUGGUGGGUCAGGGGAGCAUUAUUGGUGUUGGGAGCGUGGUAGGGAAGCACUGCAAACUCGCGCCCCGAACAAUCCUCGAGCCACAAACGCGGAUCCCGGACUUCACGGUUGUUUACGGCGCCAACAACGCCCGCCGCGUUGAUACGACGGUGAGGGAUAAGGCGGAAACUAUGACGGCUAGGGAGAAGGGACAGCAACGGCAGAUGGACGCGCUGCGGAAGCUUGUGCCCGGUAACACCGCCAAGUGGAUGACUUGA